GCUGCGGCGGGCGCGGGGCCGCGCGAGCGCACGCGGGCCGGGCCGGCAUGAGCGAUGGCCUCGGUCAAGGUGGCCGUGAGGGUCCGGCCCAUGAAUCGCAGGGAAAAGGACUUGGAAGCCAAAUUCAUUAUUCAAAUGGAGAAAAGCAAAACGACCAUCACAAACUUAAAGAUACCAGAAGGAGGGACUGGGGACUCAGGAAGAGAACGGACCAAGACCUUCACCUAUGACUUUUCUUUUUAUUCUGCUGAUACAGAAAGUCCAGAUUAUGUUUCUCAAGAAAUGGUUUUCAAAACCCUUGGCACAGAUGUCGUGAAGUCUGCGUUCGAAGGUUAUAAUGCUUGUGUCUUUGCAUACGGGCAGACCGGAUCAGGAAAGUCAUACACUAUGAUGGGAGACUCUGGCGAUUCUGGCUUAAUACCCCGGAUCUGUGAAGGGCUCUUCAGUCAGAUAAACGAAACCACCAGAUGGGAUGAGGCGUCUUUUCGAACUGAAGUCAGCUAUUUAGAAAUUUAUAAUGAACGUGUGAGAGAUCUACUUAGACGGAAGUCAUCCAAAACCUUCAAUCUAAGAGUCCGUGAGCAUCCAAAAGAGGGGCCUUAUGUGGAAGAUUUAUCCAAACAUUUAGUGCAGAAUUAUGGUGAUGUUGAAGAGCUUAUGGACGCAGGAAACAUCAACCGGACCACCGCCGCCACGGGGAUGAAUGACGUCAGCAGCCGGUCUCACGCCAUCUUCACCAUCAAGUUCACGCAGGCAAAGUUUGAUUCUGAAAUGCCGUCUGAAACUGUGAGUAAGAUCCACUUGGUCGACCUCGCGGGCAGCGAGCGGGCGGACGCCACUGGUGCCACGGGGGUCCGGCUGAAGGAAGGGGGCAACAUCAACAAGUCCCUUGUGACGCUGGGCAACGUCAUUUCUGCCUUAGCUGAUUUAUCUCAGGAUGCAACAAACCCUCUUGUAAAGAAGAAGCAAGUUUUCGUGCCUUACAGGGAUUCUGUUUUGACUUGGUUGUUGAAAGACAGCCUCGGCGGAAACUCUAAAACGAUCAUGAUAGCCACCAUUUCACCUGCUGAUGUCAAUUACGGAGAAACCCUAAGUACGCUUCGCUAUGCAAAUAGAGCCAAAAACAUCAUCAACAAGCCUACCAUUAAUGAGGACGCCAACGUCAAGCUCAUCCGUGAACUGCGAGCCGAAAUAGCCAGGCUGAAGACGCUGCUUGCCCAGGGGAAUCAGAUUGCCCUCUUGGACUCCCCCACAGCCUUAAGUAUGGAGGAGAAACUUCAGCAGAACGAAGCCAGAGUUCAAGAAUUGACCAAGGAAUGGACAAAUAAGUGGAACGAAACCCAAAAUAUUUUGAAAGAACAGACUCUGGCCCUAAGGAAGGAAGGGAUUGGGGUUGUUUUGGACUCCGAGCUGCCCCAUCUGAUCGGCAUCUAUGACGACCUCCUGAGCACUGGCAUGAUCCUGUAUCACUUGAAGGAAGGUCAGACACAUGUCGGCAGAGAAGAUGCUUCGACAGAACAAGAUAUUGUUCUUCACGGCCUCGACUUGGAGAGUGAGCACUGCAUCUUUGAGAAUGUUGGGGGUACGGUCACUCUGAUCCCCCUGAGUGGGUCCCAGUGCUCUGUGAACGGCGUUCAGAUCACGGAGGCCACACACCUCAAUCAAGGCGCCAUGAUCCUCUUGGGAAGAACCAACAUGUUUCGUUUUAACAACCCAAAGGAGGCCGCCAAGCUCAGGGAGAAGAGGAAGAGCGGCCUUCUGCCCUCCCUCAGCUUGUCCAUGAGCGACCUGUCCAAGUCCCGUGAGAACCUCUCUGCCGUCAUGCUCUACAACCCAGGUUUUUUCCCUAUAAAAGGACCCAUUUGUCUAAGACUUGAAUUUGAGCGGCAGCAGCGUGAAGAGCUUGAGAAAUUAGAAAGUAAAAGAAAACUCAUAGAAGAGAUGGAGGAGAAGCAGAAGUCCGACAAGGCGUUGCUGGAGCGGAUGCAGCAGGAGGUGGAGACGCAGCGCCAGGAGACGGAGAUGGCGCAGCGGCAGAUCCGCAAGCAGGAGGAGAGCCUCAAACGGCGCAGCUCGCACCUGGAGAGCACGCUCAAGGACCUGCUGGCCGAGAAGGAGCGCUUCGAGGAGGCCAGGCAGCGGGAGCAGCAGGAGACGGAGCUGCAGAAGAAGAAGCAGGAGGAGGAACGCUUCCUGCGUGUCCAGGAGGAGCUCCAGCGCCUGCAGGAACUCAACAGCCACGAGAAGGCCGAGAAGGUUCAGAUAUUUCAGGAGCUGGAGCGACUCAAGAGGGAAAAGGAGGAGCAGUACGCCAAGCUGGAGCGGGAGAAGCAGCGGCUGGAGGAGCAGGAGCAGGAGCAGGUCCUGCGCGUGGCGCAGCUGGAGGCGCAGCUCCGCGCGAAGCAGCAGCUACUGCGGCCGCCGCGGCGCGGGGAGGCGCAGCGCGCAGCCGAGGAGCGCCGGCACCUGGAGGGCAUCCGCGCCGCCCUCCUGCGCGCCAGGGAGGCCGGGGCCGAGGGGGGUGGCGACGGCCCGGAGCUCGAGCAGGCGCAGCUGCGGUUCUUAGAGUUCAAGCGAAGGCAGCUGGCCACGCUGGCCAACCUGGAGAAGGAGCUGGUGCAGCAGCAGGACCUCCUGAAACGGGAGGUGGAGGAGGACCAGGAAAUCCUCCACGAGCGCUUACCAUCUGGCAGCCAGGAAGAAUUGAGGGGGUCAGAAAAGGCGGAGGAGGGCGGCGCGGCUGUUCUGUGGGCAGCCGGAGCGGUGGAGCGGACCGGGCCGGCGGAGGGCAGGCUGCAGUGUAAGAAGCGUCAGCUCGAGGACCUCCUGCAGCAGCAUUUGCCUAGGCUGUCGGAGGAGAAGCAGAGAGUCCGUGAGAUCCUCGACCGAGGCCCUCUCGGCCUGGACAACACUCUGUACCUAGUGGAGAAAGAGAUGGAAGAAAAGGAAGAGCAGCUCGCGCAGUACCAGGCCAGUGCCAGCCAGCUGCAGCAGCUGCAGGCCACCUUCGCGUUCACGGCCAGCGUGGCCCGGCAGGAGGAGAAGGUGAGGCGGAAGGAGAAGGAGAUCCUGGAGUCCCGAGAGCAGCAGCAGCGCGAGGCGCUGGAGCGCGCGGUGGCCCGGCUGCAGAGGAGGCACUCCGCGCUGCAGAGGCGCUGCGCCCGGGCCGCCGGCGGCGAGCAGGCCGGGCAGGACGCCCUGGAGCGGGACCGGGAGAGGUUAGAGCAUGAAAUCCAGCAGUUGAAGCUGAAGAUCUGUGAGGUCGAUGGUGUUCAAAAAGGGCAUCGUGGGACCUUAGAGGGAAAGCCUGCUGCUUCCAGCUUCCCAUCCAGUGCAGAAAAAUCUCACCCGGUCCCUCUGAUGGAUGCGAGGAUCAGUGCGUACAUUGAGGAGGAGGUCCAGAGACGCCUGCAGGACCUGCAGCGUGUGGUUGGUGAUGGCAGCAGUGAACCUGCGGACACCGUGAAGGAUAAUGAGAAACUCUACAAUGGCACCAUUCAACGUAAGCUAAAAUAUGAGAAGAGCUGUUCUGCCCCAUUGCUGCCCAGAGACGUCACUGAUGCCCCCGGCCGAGAGGAGAGGGGGGAGGUGGACCAGAACCGCCACGGGAGCCUGCCCAUGACCUGGAGCAUCCCCGGUUCCUCUGCCAGCUGCUCAGCGCCAGGCUGGGGAGCAAACCAGUGGGGGUCUCGGCCCUCGGAGCACGAGCCGUCACAUAGCAGCAGUUGUAACAGAGGCGACUCUCAACCAGAAAGCCUCGGUCUCACUGAAACCUCUCCUCUUAGCGAAAGCAGCACCCGUGGUGCAGGACAUCUUCAUGGUGAGUCAGAAAACCUCAGCGAGCCGACGAGUCCUCACGGUGGGCCCAGCCCGGGGCUCACGUCCAGCUGGACUUGGCUGCAGCAUACAUCCCAGGAAGUGUCUGUGGACGGCAGGUGCGAGCAGACCUGGCGGAGCCAGCUCCUCUGCUUCAUUCUCUCUGAUAGGGUCCCCCGGGCCAGUGUCCCCCCAGCGGCACUGGCCUCUAAGCUCCGCUGGGAGGAGGCAGCAGCCCGAGUGGUGAGCUCUCCAGAGUCCCUGAUGACUGUGGAGCCAGAGGGAAGCCGUGGGUUGGGGUUCGUUUACCAGCGGGUCUCAGACCUUUACAAAGACACCAGCAGCCACCUGCUGCGGGCAGGUGCAGAGGCCGUCGGCCAAGCCCGGCUCGUGGACAGCCUGUGCAACCCCACCCGGCUGGCCUCGCAGGCAGCGACCUUCCUCACGAGGCUGCUGAUUCUGAAGCUCUCACCCCUGCACAGGCUCCUGGAGAUGGGUGGGGCAGCAGCAGAAGCGCUUUUUCUCCCCAGGGAAGCUCAGGCUGGCAGCAGGGACGAGGCAGGGGCCGUGGGGCGGGCGGGGAGCCUGGCGCCCUACCGAGCCCUGGGCCGGCCUGCUGGCCCCGCAGUCACCGAGUUCUCAGGCUCCUCACUGGGCUCUGUCUCCUGCCUGGACCUGGAAGGUGCCAGAAGGGGCUCUGUGUUUAAGCAGACCCUUGUGCGAUUUCCAGACCAAAUGCUGAAACUUCAAGAAUGCCCCUUCACAGACUUCCUUGAGCUGGUGGCUGGUUCCCUACCAGAGCUCUGGGGCAGCACGGAUGUACCCCGAGCCAUGUACUGGCUGGCCGUGGCCAACUGCGCGGAGCCGGCGCCCCGGCCUUCGUGCUUGCUCCUGUCCAGCUCCGCCCUGUACGCCCUGGUUCUGGACGCCCCGGGCUCCUUGGGCGUGUUUCACGCCCUGCCCCUCUCUGGGCUCCGGGAGAUUGAGGUUGGCUUCGGUGGGCAGAGCGUUCGGCUCCUGGGCUCUGCGGAGAGUCUGCUGCUCACAGUGUUUCCUUACAACAAGAACCUCUGCCAGCAGAUAUGCCGGGACCUCCUGUGCGUCCUUGCGUCUGCGUCUGAGGCCGCCGCCUGCGCCGAGCAUCCCUUGUUCCGGGAAGAUCUGGUCCAGCUCUCCCUUGACUGGAAGGCAGAAAUCCCUGACAUAGUUUUGGCAAACGGAGUCCGGUUAUCAUCCAGAUUCCAGAAUACCCUGGUGGACCUGAUUUACUUCCUUCACUGCAACCUGGAUGCCGGCGCCCCGUCUCUGGCAGAGGCUCAACUCUUGCUUUACACGACGGUCAGAGUCGAGGGUGACUCCGGCCAAGGCCCCUGCCAGUCGCUCGUCCUUCUGAACACCCACGUGGCCCUGGUGAGGGAAGACCGCGUGUUCCAUCCUCGCAGCCCUGCUCUGAGCUCUCCGCCCCCAGGAACGCGGUUUGAUGUGGUCAGAUGCCGAGCCUUAAGUGAAUUCAGGUGCCUCGUCAUUCCAGAGACAAAGAUAUCAUCCACCCUCGAACUCGUCUUCCUCCAAAAACUUAGACGCCAGUCAGAUUCAGGAAGUGGUGCUUCCCGGCGCCCUCAGGAAGCCCGAAAGGUUCAGCCAUGCAGCAGCACCUUGGAUCUGCAGGGCAGCCGGGAUGUGGUCCCUGAGGUCUGGAAACUGACCUUCAACUCUCGGGACGAGGCUUUGUGGCUGACCUCACACUUGACGAGGCUCUAGGCAGGAGCCUCGUAGCAGUACUCUGCGGGGUUUCUUAGGCUGUACAUAGAAUAAACACGAUGAAAACCGUCCAGGGCUGUGAAUAGCUCAGUGUGGCUAAUUGAUUUGAAACUGGAAAAAUGCAGACCUCUCUAAAUAGGAAAUGUAAAACAUUUUAAUAUCUCCUCUGAAAUAAACAAUAGCUGAGCACUGAUAAAAUACCUUUGUCACCACCACGCCUCACUUUCCCGAACGUCAGCCUUGUGAAUUGGGUCCGCCACAUUGUUUGUGAGGUGCUGGAAGCAUGUCGGGGUGUGUUGACUUGUGGUCAUGUACUUUAGCGUCUGUUGGUUUCUGCCGGAUGCUGGCAGGCAGACGUGCGCUGCCGGAGCAGGUGUCUGGUCUGGCAGCCACCUUCCCAGCGUCCUCCCCUGGCCGAGGUUAGUGAAGGCGUCUGUCAGCCUUCCCCGGGGGCUCCGAGGGUUUGCAACACCUGCCCCCUCCCAUAACACGUGGGAUGGGGGCAGUGCCACUCCCUGCCGGGGCUUCUGCAGGGCAUCGCCUUUGUCGUCCUCCGCUCAGACUUCCGGCCCCUUCCUUUCCAUCCUGUGGUUCAAUUCCUCCCUCGUCAGCUGUUUGGACUGUUCUUCCCCCUGGGCCGUGUGCCCCCAUGUUCCAGUCCUUUCUCUGAGGCUUUUCUCUCCUAGAAAGGCUCUUCAGCUCUGGGUAAGUGUCUGGGCUGCUGCGGCUGUCUCAGAAGGAGGCCUCCCUGAAGGCAUCCGGCACUUGCCUGCCACCCCCCUCCUUCUUCUCGGCCUGCACAUCCCUCUCAACCUCCCACCACAGGGCCCUGCUGGCCCUGCUUCUCGGGGGAGCUCACGCCAUGUCAGCCUGGGUCGGCUCCUCUCCCCUCCGGGUACCAUCCAGCUGUCCUCGUCCUCCGUAAGCGGCUUAGAGCUGGCUCUUCCGAGCCUCUCCUCUGGUGGACCCCUUCCUGUCCACCCAUCUCUGGUCAUUAUUCCUAUGAGGAGGCGGCCUGCACGUUUUGUGUUUAUGUUUUCCAGCGUCUGACCCCGGGUUGCCCUGCCUCUCUUCUCCUGUUUCUCGAGUUCGAGUGUUCUCCUAGCUUCCAGAAUCUCGGGAGGAAGGAGGCCCCCUCCCCAUCACCCUUUCUCCUCUCCUGCACUUCAGCUGGGGUCACGGCAGCUGCUCUUCAGCGCAUCCACAGCGACUUGGCCUUCGUUUUGGCCUGGGCUGCAAGGGCCACUUUCUAUUCCGGUCAGAUCUUUGCAUCAUGUACAGUAGAAGUGAUGUUCAUUUCUAUUCCUCAUUGUUGAGUGGGCCAGUGCCAAGCCGAUCCCUCCAGAGACUGACCCCCUGCCUCUGGCCAGGAAGCACAGCUCCCCCCCCUUCCCCACCAGAGCUGACUACAAGCUGCUGAACUUUCCCUGUGUUUCCAGCAUUGGUUUUCCUCUCCCCCCAGGUUCUGGGGAGGGGGCAGGGAGCUGGGAGAGGCAGGACCCAGGAGACUGUGUCAGGGUCCACACUGCUGGCUGCAGCCUGGCUGGUGGUGGCCAAGUGGGGUCUUUUAUCUUUUUGGAGGAAGUAGAAUUCGUAUGUUUUUUCCUUUUCCUGUGGAGCUUGUUUUUAACCCUUCCAUGAUCCCUCCCCCCCGACACACAGAGGCAGCCACUCUCUCUCACACGCACACGCAUUCACACCCUUUUGCCUUAUACAUGAAGACUUUUGAGUCUGUGAUAAAGGCAUCAUUAAAAUUAGUUUGUUGACACAACUGAAUGAACAACAACAACUAAUUAAGUGCUAAAAAAAAAAAUGUUUGCUGUCUGCUUGACUGGUGGAUCUUCUAUCACAGAAAAAAGCUUCCAGAAUGAACCAGAGGAGUCUUCUAAUAUCUUACCAAUAUUUCUCCUGAUUUGAAUUGAGUAUUUUCUUGUGUGUUCUUUGUAAGAACAGAAUGAGAAGAGCAGGGACAGUGGAAUGUAAGAUGCCAGAGAAGGAUAGUGUGGUUGGGAAGGAAACAGUACAUAAGCAGUCCGUUUUAGCAGAGUUGUUCUUAUUAGACAGACUUGCUCGUCCUCCUAGGUACAGAAGCAGAAUUCUGCCAUGUUAUAAAUUAUGUUCUUUAAUAUUGUCCAUAGAUGGAGCGUGCAGCGACAUGAGUGCUGCAUAUAGAUCACAUUAUCGGUUAUGACAACAGUCUGCUCUAUGAGCCACGCAGCCUGAAAUGAGGCUAUGACUAGAAAACAGAAGCAGCCUCCAGGCAAUUCAGAUUCCACCUGUCACUUCAUUUCACCUAAGCAUGCAUUUUUACCUUGAGAUCAAAUGUGGUCCUGAUUUGAGGACCUGAUUUACCAUCAUGAAGUGACCGUUCAGGGUGUCAGGAGGCCGGGAGAAGCCAGUGGAGGGACGUGUGCUCCUUUAUCCUGCAUGGGUAAGGCUUCGAUCCCAGGGCCUCUCUCUGGCUCACAGGCGCCUUUUCUGGGGUUCUGAGCCUGGGACGCUGCUGCAGCGGAGCAGGUGUGGCAGCUUCAGCGUCCAGCCUGAGGUACCAUCUUCUCAGUGGUAAUGAGUUCCUGUAUCAGAAAAAAAAAUAGGUUCAUGCAUACUUUAUUAUACGGCACUUUGCAUUGUCGUAAUGUCGGCAUAAACACUGAACAUUGCAGAGCUUGUUACUGUGUUCUAGACAAUACCUCUUUGAGUCCUUUUGAGAUAGCAGUUUCAUCUGAAUUUGAUUAAAAUCCAUUUUGCUCACAGCUGCCUGUUGUGCAGACUUGUGGAUGGCAGGGUGAAUUUAUUUAGUCUUUGUUGAAAAACACUUCAAAACAGUUUGUCUACCCAUUCUCGUUACUUUAAAAAAAAAUGUGCAUGCAUCCUUUGGAGAGAAUGCUUAUGCCUUCCAGCAGCAGUAAUUACAGUAAUUUUUAUUUACAUUCUUUUUCCUCGAUGAAUUAAAGUUCUGAAUGAUAACUAGAUUGGAGCACUUUUAUGAGUGCUUCUUAGAUAGGCAAGUGGUCUUGUUGGGCAGACUAGUUUCUAAUGGGGUCGUUUUGCUGAUUGAGUUACACAGCCUGCACAACUCACUUUUUAGUUACUACUGCUUCCUUCCUUAACAUACCUUUUGUGAUGGAUGUUAUAUCAGUCAGCUAUUGCCAAAUACCAGGCAACCCUCAACAUUUUAGUGACUUCCAAAAAAGACAGCUUUUAUUUCUCACUAAUAGUUUGUAGUUGAACCGAGGCAUCUCUGCUGUAGGCCAGGGUCAUCUGUAACUCAGCUAGGGUUGGUCUGUACCACCUGUCUCAUUUUGGGGUCUGUGUGGAAGGGGCGGUGGCCACGAAGUUGAUGACAGAAGCAUGAAAAGACAAUCAUGCAUCGUGUCUGCCAACAUCGCGUUGGCCAGCACAGGUCACACAUCCAAGUCCAAAGCCCAGGGCAAGGAAGAGUGCACUCAUUCACCAAGCAGCACUGCAAGAGUAUCUCCCUCCUCUCCCUCCUCUGGCGAUGAGAGAGAAUUGGGACCACGCACGGAUGCAUUCAGCCGUGUUUCCCAAGGUUCUCUUGAAGAUAACUUCAGAUAAAACGUAUAGGACCUCUCCCUGAUGGAAGUGUUGAGUCUCUGUCAUCAGUUGAACUUAUUUCCCAAUUCAGUCUUUGCUUAACCCCUCCAUGGGCUGAUCAUUGCCUGCCUCUGAAGCAGUUUAUUCACUGGGAUCUGCUCUCAUUGUUAGGGGCUUCCCUGGUGGCUCAGAUGGUAAAGAGUCCACCUGUAAUGCAGGAGACCAGUUUCAAUCCCUGGGUUGAGAAGAUCCCCUGAGGAAGGGGAUGGCCACCCACCCCAGUAUUCUCGUCUGGAGAGUCCCAUAGACGGAGGAGCCUGGCGGGCUGCAGUCCAUGGGUUCACAAAGAGUCAGACACGACUGAGUGACUUUCACCUUCGCUUUCUCUCACUGUUAGACCGUUCUUCCCAUAAUCUUCCUCAUUGUGACCUCCAUCUGCAGUUCAUCCACCGGUGGCCGCUCUGUGGCAGAGUGGAGCAGGUCUGUUCCACAAUUGUAUCAUAUCAAAAGCCUUCCAAGGACACAGCGCCCUCUCUCACCUCCUCUGAUUUUUCUUCUUCUACCGCUCACAUUCUUUUCACCCCCUACUGGUUCUUACAUAACACAGAUUCCGAACUACCAGCAUCCAGUCACUUAUUAAGGACGCAGUCUUGUAAUUAAAACAAAAAACUCUCCUUUAGAAGAAGUGAAACUGAAUAAUCCAGUUGGUGAGAAGGAAAGAGAUUCUGUUACAAAUCAGUGUUCACUUUUUUUUUCUUCUGUCAUCUUGUUAAAAUCACUUGUUGCUGAAGAUGCGGUGGAUCAUUGUGGUAACAGCCCCGACCACCCUUUAUACGGUGGUUUAUAGCCUACUGAGUUGUUUCCUACAUACUGUUCCUUUGGAGUCCACUGUGAUCCUGCUGGGAUGGGGGAAUUGUCGAUUUCCAUUUCAUGUCUGAAAGGAUCACUCGAUUGAGAACUUAACUCGAACCCAGACCUGAUUCUAGGACAUAUAUUCUUGCCAAAGUCAUCUCCUGGUCAUGGUUAUUCUUGACAGUGCCUGUAUACAUUUUUUUCUUGAUUUGUUUUUUCAUAGGCAUGAAUGAUUAAUUGGAAGAACUGCUGAUUUUUUUCCUGACUUCUAACUUUUUUGUUGGAAUUCCAGACAUUAAAGAUUAUUUCUCUUUUUAUAAGUUUUGUUUUUCAAGAAUUGCCUUACGAGUUUCGCAGCAAUUCCAUUGUUUCUUGAUAUGCUUUAUAUCUCCUUUUUGCUCUCUGCAUUUUAGCUCUUACAGAAGAAAAGCUGGGAUAUAACCAUUGUGGCAUAUAGUACAGAUAACUUUGCGUGCUCCAAGUUGCUCCUUUCGUUGACAGGUUAAACAGUAUACUCCACAGAAACAUAGAAACAUGGUGAUUGAGUCCCCACCAUUCCCCCACGUUAGUUUCUCCUGGACCUGAGAAUUCUGCACAGUUUGAGGCGCUGAUUUUUGGCUCAGCAAAAAUCAGCGACUGACGAGGAGUGGCGCUUUUCAUGGGUCAUUAAAGACACUACAGAACCAGGAGGAAGGUCACCUGUUUUUCCCUCCUCGGUCCUCUGCUCCUAGACUCAUGUUUGGUGAUGAGAGCCACGUGAUAGUUGCUGCCACAUCCUCAGUGAGUCAUACUCAACCUGUUAUCUAGUCUUUUUUAAACCGUCCAUCUAACGAUGGGUUAUCCAUUGUUAGAGACCAGGGCCAUUCAACUUAUCUUUGGACUAGAGAAAGAUGGGAACAUUUUUAAUUGUUUCAAGUUGAAUCGUUCAUAAGAUAUUCAGUAUUUCCAAACCUUGAGACAAUGUCAGUCAUCUCAAAUGUGGAUGAAAUAAUCUAUUUGUACUGAGAAUCACAGAUUCGAAUUUACCAUAAGAUAUUCCACAUGAAUCUAUAUAUAGUAGUUUGUUAUUUUCUGGCUAAUUUAUCCUUGCUGAUAUAUAGGUAUAUAGCAAAAAGACAGAAAUACUCCUUUAUUUGAAAACUCAUAUUUCUGUUUCCUGCUGUGAGUAUUCUAAAGUCACUUUGAAAUAAGACAGAGUUUGGGUUGUUUGUACACGUCGGCCAGUUGUGAAGCCCCAGCCUUGGCAGGGGGCGUACCGGGGGCAGGUAUGCCAUGUGCCUUAGCACAUCUGGGUCAGUGGCAGGCAUGGGGCCGGCCCCAGGUCCCUGCUUGGCUCAGGGACGCUUCACCUUCUGGACAGGCGUGCCAGCAUGCCUUGGCUUUCUGCCACGUUCGUAGGGUACACCUGCUCACAUAGGUCGCCUUUGUGCCCUGUUUCUUGUGACGGGGCUCAUACCUGAGAAGGCCCUUGCCGCCUAUGCCCCAGACCCCAGUUUUCAAACUGGGGGGGGGGGUCACAGUAGGUGCCUGAUGCAGAGACCUCUAAUUAAAACUGUCACUAUGGCACGUGUGGUUGAAAAAGGAAGGAUUAGAAAUAUGUGCUAUGCUGGAAACAGAGAAAGGGGAACCACUAGUUUUGUUAAAUCUGAUAAAAGCCAGGUUUGCCUGUAUUUUAAAAGCAAAGCGUGGAUAUUUGGCUAAGAGAUCACCCGGCCGUCCUGAGGCCUGACCUUGUCAUAGUUACAGCGUAUACUGAAUUCAACCAUCUGGUUCGUAAUUAGAGCAGUUAGGGGAGAAUGCUGAUGCCUCCCUGUGGGAUCAGUCCACUCCGUGCCCUCUGCAGUGCCAACACCUAUUCUAGUGGAUGCUAAUGCUUCUUCCUGUUAAUUUCCUUUAUUUGCUGCUUUUGAAGGAGACACAGCCUGAGUAAGGAAGAGAAGCUUCUAACCUGAACAUUCAAAAUAGAUCCUAUGAUCUGUCUGCUUCCUUUGGCUGAGGACCGGACUAUAGUAUUUCCCUGACACUGGAAAAAUAGUGUAUUUGUUGACACUGAACAUUGUUUUGGCAAAAGCUAUCAGAAGAAAAUAGUUCUCUGUAUCUUAUUUUUAAAAGUGGUAUUUCUUGUGUAUAGAAAUGUAAUCUAAGUUACUAAUUAUGUACUUCUCCUUGACCUUUUAUUUCUAAGUAGAGCCACUCUGUGGUGCAUUUAAAAUUGCUUGACACAUCCCAUGUGUUUACCAGAUCUCCUGCAAGAGGAGCUUCCGCACCACAGCCUCUCAUGUUUCGUUACCUCCUGGCAUGUUGUGCCACUGGCUUCCCCUCCUCGGUCUAAGACUCUUCUUUGCCCCAUGUAGAGAAACUGUGACUGAUUCCAAAACCAGUAAUUCCAUAGAUAUUCAAAAACUCUCACAGAAAAUAGGAUAUGAUAUGAUGCAGCACACAUUUACAAUAAAUCUCACUAUAUUCAAAAUAUAACUACUUUCAAAUAAAAAAAUAAAUUUGGCAGACAUUUGUGUUAACUUUCCUUCCUGCCCAACAGAAGCGUAGUUUAGGAGAACGUCAGGAACCUUGCACAGUAUAUCCUGAGAAUUCAACACUUUAUAUCUUGUUGAUUUCAAAACAUAGCAUCUAAAAAUUCCGUUGCAGCAGUGAUUCAAUGGAAACACAUACUCGUGCUUUUUCUCUAUACUUCUGCUCAGAUGUCUUUGGAUUCCUGACUUAUUCUUCAGUUGUUCAUUUCUGCAGGUGUUUAUUUCUCUUUACCUGUUAAUAUUUAAUUACUGGGAAAUCAGUGAGAUUGAAGUAAACUGUGGCCCCAGAUGUUAGUGGGAAUGCUGACAAUACUUCUAGUCCUUGACAUGCAAAAUAAUGAAGAGAAAUAGUCUCUUCUCAAUGAAGGGAUCAGUUAUUCUUCACUGUCUGAUCCCAAACAGGGCAGUGGCUUUUGUGUACCAUCUAGUAGAACCAUUUCUUGAGGUACACGUGCGCAUGCUGGGGUGGAAAGGGCUGUCCUAGAUUUAGGUGAGUUCCCUGAUAAGAUCCAUUUUCUCCCAGGUCACUGGUCUGUACAGUAUUCAUAUACCUGUUAAAUAUGAAGACAGUGAUUUUUUUCUUUAAAGGAUUUAUGAACCUAUGCUUCAAACAACUUUUUUUUUUUCAUUAGGAAUUUCCACUAUGGUUUUUGACACCACAGAUAGCUAAAGAGAGGUGUACCAUUGCAAUAAAAUGAAUGGUUUUUAUCUUGGGUAACCAGCUGUGCAGUGAAAAAUUAAGAUGCUCUAAAAGGCUCUGGUAACUUCAUAUUGUGCCAGGAGGUUUGCAGUGUCAGCUGGAGGAAAGGAGCCAUCUGAGGCAAAUCCCACGCCUCUGUGUCUCCCAGAGACCUGCCUUUCACACCCGUGGCAAAGCUGGGUCUUUCAUGCUCUGCCUGGCUGAGGCGCCGAGGGCCCAGAGGGAGAGGGAGCUUGUUGCCCCUGGUGUCUUUUUGGUCAAAUAAGUAAAGUUAAUAAUCGUGGAAUCUUGCAUCUAUUUUCUGUGUGCUAAGGUGUUUAUUAGCUUAGUUUAUCUCAGGUGGACAGAUUUACUUUAAAAUGUCUUGAAAGCUACAGAGUGAGGCAAGUCAGAGAAAGACAAAUAUGGUAUGAAAUCACUUAUAUGUGGAAUCUAAAAAAUUAUAUAAAUGAAUUUGUAUAUAAAAUAGAAACAGACUCACAGACACAGAAAACAAACUUAUCAUUACCUAAAGGGAAAAGAUAGGAUAAAUUGGGAAUUUGGGAUUAUCAGAUUCCCACCAUUAUACAUAAAAUAGACAAUAAGAACUUACUCCAUACUCAGAGAACUAUAUUCAGUAACUUGUAAUAACCUAUAAUGAAAAAAAAUCUGAAAAAUAUUUGUAACUGGAUCACUUUGUAUACCUGAAACUAAGACAAUAUUGUAAAUCAACUCUAAUUAAAGAAAUAAAUUACAAGAGUGGAUGUGUGUGUGUGUGUGUGUAACUGAAUCCCUUUGCUGGAUACCUGAAACUUACACAGCUUUGUAAAUCAACUUUACUCCAAUAAAAAGUUAAAAAUAUGUAAAUUAAUACAUAAAGGUCAUGCUAGCAGCGCAGUGGUGAUAUACACGGGCUUCCUCAGUUCACCUGAGUUUGAAUCCUGGCUCUUAGCACUUCCCAUUUUCCUAAACUCUUACACCUUACCCACACUCUGGGUGUUGGGCCUCUUACUUGAUAAUUUGGGUUAAUAAUGGUUCUUGCCUCAUGUGGAGGAUCAUGAGGAUUAAAUGAAAUGACACAGUUGAACUGGUCAACACAGUUCUAGGUGAUAGUAAAUAUUCAAUAGGUGCUAACUGUAAUUAUGAUUUUAAUGAUUUUAUUACUGCUGUUUCAAUAAUGUGUCUUUUAGUGUUUUGUAAAGCCCUCCAUUGGUGUUAACAAAAAGGAUUAUUCAGAGAUCUCCUCCCAUUCACACUUAAGAGAAUUCCUUUUGAUUUUUUUUUUUUUUAACCUCUUUGCCAAACCCGUCCUUGCCACCAUCCAGACCAUAGACAUUUGUCGGGAGCUCAGUUGAUUGUUAAUCAGAUGGAGCCUAAAGAAAACACUUGGGAUUGUUUUCAUUGUGGUUUAAAGAGCUUUCCACACUACACUGUCUUAUGAAAAUGCCUGGAAGUUAAAACUAAAGCGAAUGUGAAUAAAAUCUCCAGCUUUGGAGCUUUAUGUAUAGCACGCAGUCUUGUAGUCGGUGAAGAAAAAAGAUGUUAUUCAGUGAUUAAGACUUUCUGAAAAGAUUCUGGCUUAUACCAUAUAUAUUUUUUUAAGUCAGGAUAUGUAACCUGUUCUUUUUUUCCUACUCAUUCCUGUAAAUUGAAAGGAACAUCAAAGCCAGACAACAUUUGGAAGUGCCUUCGUGCUGCCUUUGUGGACUAGUAUCUCUUAAGCAAUGGUCUUUUGUCAUGAGAGACUUAGCAUUUCUCUUUCAAAGGAAACCAUCAUUUUUCUAAAUAAACUCUGCUGGUUGGAUGCUCUUUUCUUUGCUUGAAACUCUCCUCCGCCUGCCAGGGGCGGGGUAUUUGCAGUGCAGUGAUCUUGG